UCUGUUAUCUGCUGUGUAACCGUGCCAUUUAGCUUGGGUUUCCACUUGGCCGCUAUUUCACUAGCCUAGCCGGUAUAAUACUAGCCAAGGCUGAGGGCGGAAUUACAAAUUUACCAGGAAUGUACUUGCUGGUGAAUUAGCAAUCCGUAGUUAUUUGCCCCCAAACAUACCCCAUCCCCUUGCUUUUAUCCCCAUUAUGCACCCAAAACCCUGCCUACUCACAGAAUUUGCCCUUGCUCUGUCUAGCCCCACCCCUCAAUAUCUAGCCCCCGCCCCACAAUGUCAUAACUCUGUUUUUUUUGGACCCACCUUGUCUGUCAUUGGCCAAUACAGGCCAUAAGAAAAGGGCCCUACAUUUUGCCCAAUUUCAGAUUGAAUGGCUUCCCACAUUGAUACACAGCAUCUGGAUUAUAUAAAGUGUACAGCUGUUUCUAAAGCUCACACAGUAUUCACCAGAGCAGGGAAACAGUACAUUAUAUUUACAUUUGCACAAAAAAAAAAUCAUUUUUGUUACUUGUCCUUUUAAUUGUUACUGCCACCCUGUACCAACACCAAGAAGCUGUAGUGUGCAAAGACAUUUCAUUUGUGAUGUGUAAGAUGGGCAUCGGCAGACGGAACAAUUCCAGGCAUUUUAUCACCCAAGCAAAAGACUGAAAAUGACCCCCCCCUUUAAUUCCUUGGUCAGUUGUAGCUUGGGGACUUGGAUUGCCAUAUUAUUAAGCACCUCUGGGUCCAGUUGGCAAAAAAUGUAUUACCCAUCACCCUUGAAGUUAAAAUUGUGUGGGUGUUUAUCGUCCCUUUACCCUAAGGGCUAUGGCACAUGUUACCAAGGAAUAGCAUUUGCUGCCGGCACCAAUCAUUGUGUCCGUUCUGCUGCUCACCUAACGAGUGACAGCAAUUAUUGAUCUAUAUAACUCCUAUCACUUUUUAAAGCCACUUUCCUUCCAACUUUAUUAAGCAGGUGUGCCGAGGGUUAAUAAUGGCAGCUGGCAUGUCUACGUUACAAAGAGGCAAUAUAGCAUUUUUAUUGGUAGCUAAAGACAGUCUCUUGUUGGCACUUUGCUUUGCACAGUUGCUCUUUUGCACAAACGGGGCAUUCUGGGGCUUUUGUGUCUGGCAGCUCUCUAGCCAUUUGCCCCAUUGCCACUUUGACUCUUCCCAUUGCAGAUAAGUGGGCUUCUAACCAGGAAGGACAAACUCUUACCAGGCUACAGUGUGUUGCUUCUUUUCCCAUGUCGGGUGUCUGUCCCUUUAAUUAUUCUGCAUAAUGCUUCCUACUCAUUCCCUGUCUAUCACUCAUUCUUUCCCAUUGCGAGUGCAUUUCUCCAUCCCUCGCUCUGCGUGCCUCACACAUCUCCCACUUUCCCCUUCAUUCUGUGCCCAUUCUGUCCCACUUUUCCCACUAACUCCCACUAGUGUCUCCCAUUUCUAAUGCUUUACCCUUAGAACUUUUUUUUGUUUUGUUUUCUUCCUCCAUUAAUAAAUUCCCCUUUUCACCCCCCUCCCAUUCACUUUCUCUCUCCCCCCCCAUUCCCUUUCCCACACUCAUUCUUCUCCCAUUGUCAUUCACUCUCUCCGGCAUUAUCUUCUUAUUUCUGACCUUUGUUGGCUGGCUUGUUAAACAUUCAUCUGAGUGCAAGGGCAGAGUUCAGAGGGUGUUUGUGUGGCACGAAUGGGACAAGCGGAGCAGGGUGUGUAUGGAAAUGGAAAAAGAAAGGGGUGUGAGUAAUAAGCACAGGGCUGGGUGUGUGCUUUUCACUUGGGAGAAUAGAGCAGCACAUACGUGGUGGAACAGAGAGAUUGAGGACACAGAAUAUAGCCGGAGGGACACCUGCAUUACUGAUAUGGACCUAACGGACCUACAGGAGGUGGAGAAUGAAUUCCUGUUGACUUUGGAUGAUUUCAUCCCUCCCCACCUGCAAAGAAACCAGCGGAGUCCUGCAGAGCACAAGGAAAGCUCUGUAGCAAGCGAGCAGAUAUCUAGGACCACUGUAUCCCCCAUCACCCAGGAGGUGCCGGGCAGCCCAGGACAGCGCCGGGAGAGGCACUGGAUUCGCUUCGAUGGCAUUGGCCCUACAGAUAAGGAUGGCAUGCCCUUUGCAUCCAGAUCAAGUGUGGAUAAACCAAGGGACUGGUACCGAAGCAUGUUCAGAGUCCUGCACCGACUGUCAGAUUCAGAUGACAGUGACAAUGACAGCAAGGAGAAAGAAACUCCCACACUCCAUAUACCAAGUAAGUCAGGGCCUACAGAUCCCAAACAGAGGAAUCAUAAUGAUACAGUAGGACAUCGAACCACUACAAACCAGGUACCACAGGGCCCCAGCAGAACAUUUAGCCCUAACUCCAGAGAGCUGGAAAGAUCCCAGAGCUUCACCCUGAGGGACCCAAAAAGGACAAUAAGCCCUGUCCCCAGAGCACCAGAAGGGACACUUUACUUCCCUACCACAGGCUCACCAAAGACAAUCAGCGUAACUUCAAGAGAGUUACAGAGGACCCCCAGUUUAACAUCAAGAGAACAGCAGAAAACACUGGACACCUCUUCCAGAGAACCAGAGCAGAUGCCAGGCUCACCUCCCAGGAUACCACGCUCAUAUCUGAGUAUCUCCCCGGAGCAGUUUAUGCUAAGUAACCCCUGUAGAGCUUCAGAAACGGCACCCAGAUCUCUACUAAAAGACUCUUACGCUACACAGACCUUCACUUCUGGAGUGGCACAGACUCUAAACUCUAGUUCCACUGAGCCACAGAGGACUCUGUUCUCCUCCUCUUCCAGAGACCCAAAGAAGACACACAAUUUCAUAUCCAGUGAGGAGAACAGAACAGUAAACCCCUUGGCCAGUACAACAAGCUCUUCCUCUACACCAUCUUCAUUUAGACAAUCUUCAAGGCAACAAUUGUCCCCUGGGUUAUCCAACCAGGGAACAAACUCAACAUUUGAACGAAAACCAUUAGCUGUGUCAAGUAAAACCUCCAGAGAGCCGCAGCAGGAGCCCUACAGCACCCCUGUGCCUCUCUCCCCUGGACUGGAGUCACAACAGUUCUGCCCUCCAGAUAUAGAGUCACUGUUUUCACAUUGCUUCUCCAUAGAAGAUAAAGUCCAUUCAUCAGAUUCUGCCCAGAUGGAACCUACAUCUCCUAUAAGUCCUAAUGCCAAGAAGGCUAAGAGUUCUACCUCCAAAGCCCUGGAGAAGCUAGAGGCUGAGCUAAAACUGUUUAAUGCGGAGCUGAAUAGGGACCUGGUGGAUCACAGACAUACACCUGUGUAUACAUCAUACAUGGAGGCACCCAUGCCGAAAUCUCCCCCCUUGAUAGGAGGAAGCCAAAGAACAGUGGACACUCCCAGUGCCUCGGAGGAGAAACCGUUAGCAAGAGCUGUGGUCAAAUUCGACUUCUCGGCUGAGUCACCAAAAGAGUUAUCUCUACAGCGAGGAACUACUGUGCUUAUAUUGAAGAAAGUGGAUAAGAACUGGAUGCUGGGACAGCAAGAUGGCCGGAGGGGGCUCUUCCCUGAGAGCUACGUGAGGGUUCUUGUCCCAGGAGAGUCUGUGCAGCCUGUCGAACCCCAUUUAUCAGGUGUUGCAGUCUAUGACUUCAAGGCUGAAUCUGAUGCAGAACUUUCCCUGAGUAAAGGGCAGCAGGUUGGCAUCAUUCGGAGGGUCGGUGGCAGCUGGUUUGAGGGGCGGAUUGAAGGAUCUCAGAGCAUUGGUCUGUUUCCUGCGAGCUACGUGCGGCUCACAGGGCAGAGGAAGGAAGAAACCUCCAAAAUCAGAGGAGAGUCAAAUAGUGCCCCUCUUGAGCAGGUCUCGCAUGGGUUUACGCCAACAGAAAAUGCUACUUGUGUACAAGCUGUGGCCCCUAACAGCACCCAGGCGCCAGCUGGCACAAUCUACAGAGUCCUUUAUGCCUACACCCCCAAUAACCAAGAUGAGCUGCAUCUAAUCCCAGGAGAUACAGUGACAGUGUCACAGCGCUGUGAUGACGGUUGGUUUGUAGGUGUCUGCUGGAGAACUAAACGAUUUGGAACCUUCCCUGGCAACUUCGUGGCACCCGUGUGAGUGACCAUGCCGAGCUCUCUCGCAGAGACUGUUAUAUACAAACACAAUAAACAUAUUUUAUAAUAG